GCGCGUCCCCCGGCGGGAUGCGGGGCGGCGGCGGCGGGAACGGCAGCGAGGGCGAGCCGUGGCCGUGGCCGUGGCCACCCUGCGACGAGCGACUGUGCCUGGCGGUGCCCCUGUGGGUGCUCGUUCCCAUCACAGCCAUCUGCCUGGGGCUCUUCGUGCUCGGCGUGGCGGGCAACGUCCUCACGGUGCUGGUCAUCCGCAGCUACCGCGACAUGAAGACCACCACCAACCUCUACCUGGGCAGCAUGGCCGUCUCAGACCUGCUCAUCCUCCUGGGGCUGCCCUUCGACCUCUACCGCCUCUGGCGCUCCCGGCCCUGGAUUUUCGGGCAGCUGCUGUGCCGCCUCUCCCACUACCUCAGUGAGGGCUGCACCUACUGCACUCUCCUCCACAUCACCGCCCUCACCGUGGAGCGCUACCUCGCCAUCUGCUUCCCCCUCAAGGCCAAGGUGGUCGUCACCAAGCGCCGGGUGAAGGCCAUCGUCGGCGUCCUCUGGGCCUUCGCCUUCCUCUCUGCCAGCCCCUUCUUCUUCCUGGUCGGCGUGGAGCAGCCCGACAACCACACCGACUUCAGCCGCGAGUGCAAGCCCACCCCGCAGGCCUUGGAGUCCGGCCUGCUGGCCACCAUGUUCUGGGUCACCACCUGCUACUUCGUCCUGCCCGUCAUCUGCCUCAGCGUCCUCUAUGGCUUCAUCGGCCGGGAGCUGUGGCGGAGCAACACCCGCCUGCGGGGCCCCGGCUCGGUCCUCCGGGAGAAGGGGCACCGCCAGACAGUCAAGAUCUUGGCUGUGGUGGUUCUGGCCUUUGUAAUUUGCUGGUUGCCUUUCCACAUUGGCAGGAUCAUAUUUAUAAACACCCGAGACAUGAGGACGAUGCUGGUCUCCCAAUACUUUAACAUAUUUGCUCUGCAGCUUUUCUACCUGAGUGCAACCAUCAACCCUGUCCUCUACAACCUCAUGUCAAAGAAGUACAGGGCAGCAGCCUACAAGCUGCUGUUGCCACGCCGAGCUGCAGAAAGGGCUUUCACAGUAACAAAAGAUGCUAGUGGCUACACAGAGACCAGCGCCAGCACAAGGAAUGAGUACACCACCAGCUUCUGAGACUGCAGCCUGCACUUUUUUCCGGCAUUCUUGCCUAAGGAAGGAAACUUCCUUUUUGCAGGAGAGUUGUAAAAGGAUGGACAUUUGUUAGGGCUUGUGGUAUUUCAUAAUUGUUUCUAUUUUGGAAUGUACAGGUAUUUUGGAAUACCUGUAUUUUUGUUAACGGAGCAAGCGGGCACCAUGAAGUAGGUGCAACUUGUUCAGCUCGUGAAAGAUGAGGAACAGUAAAUUGCCAGUAAAACCGUGCUUUUACUUUAUACGUGUUGUUCAUUGCAUAUCUUCUGUGCAAUUUGUAAUAUUUUCUAAAAAUCAUAACAUGAAGGUCUGCGAAGGAGCACUUCUUGGAUUUACUAAUGGGUAAAAUUCCCAGACUGCCUUUGCCAUUUUAAAUCGGUUUUCUUACAAACGAGAUUUUGCAAAACACCGUCUCUCAUGGAGGCAGACACCAAAAAAAAAAUCGCCCUCCAACUCAAACAGCCUUGGAAGAAGAGGUAUAUGUUUUUACUACCUGGUCUCAUAAUCAUGAAGGGGACUUUCCUGGGCAAUUUCAGUAACUCUUCCCUUAGGAAAGCAUCUGCACUGCACAGCAGCCUCUGGUUUUAAUCCUUUUGGCCUGCCCCAUGUGAUCAAAGAAGGUCUCUUAUUUAUAUGCUAGCAGCCAGUUCUCUGUAUUUGUAAAAGUUUAGAUAUUCCAGAUCAUUUCUUUGUGAUAGAUGUGUAGUGUAUGUUAGUGGUAUGUGUCCACUGUGUCCCAUUGUGUACUGCGUGUGCAAAUAAUAUGCCAAGUUAACCCAUCUUGCCACAAAUGAGACCUGUCACCGAACAUGCUGGACUACACUCAGGACUUACUGCUGUGUAACACUGCACUGCAAGUCGAGAGCCAACCCACUAAUUCUGCUCCAAAAGAUUUUAAAUGCAAAAUUCAGCUGUACAAUUUAGGAAGGAGGCUCGUCGUGAGAAAAAGCUAGAAGAAGCUGCAGCACUGAUUUCUCCAGAGGAUCGUUGCAUCUAUGAAUUUUACCUGUUACCUUCCUGGCUAUAGUGAUGUAAAUCUGGACCAGAAUCUGUGAAGCAGGACUGUGCUUACAGAAGCAUGACUGUGGUAUGUCAACACUUGCCCUUGGUUCUCUGUUAAUUCCUCUUCCUUUUAGGUAGUUGUAGAAAGUGAUGCAGUCCCCCCUGAGCCUCCUUUUCUCCAGGCUAAACAAUUCCAGCCCCCUCAGCCAUUCCUCAUAUGACUGUCAAAACCCUUCCCCAGCUUCACUGCCUUUCUCUCCAUUGAGGUGCUCCAGCAUCUCAAUGUCCUUCCUGAACUGAGGGGCCCAGAACUGGACACAGUACACAAGUUGUGUCCUCACCAGGGCCAAGUACGAGGGAACACUGCCCUGGUCCUGCUGGCAGUGUAUUGCUGAUACAAACCAGGAUGCCAUUGGCCUUCUUGGCCACCUGGGCACACUGUUGGCUCAUGUAAAGCUGCUGUCAACCACCACCCACAGGUCCUUUUACUCUGGGCCACUUUCCAGUCACUCUUCCUCCAGCCUGUAGUGCUGGGCUAUGAUAUAUGAUCAUGGGGUUGUUGUGGCCCAAGUGCAGGACCCAGCACUUGGGCUAUUGAGCCUCAUAUAACUGGCCUUAGCCCACCAAUCCAGCCUGUCUAGAUCAAUUCAACAGAAUUCAAUAGCUAUCUCAGAGAUCUCAAGAUGGCAGAAUUGAACCCAAGCCUUUUCCAGGUUUUAAAAAUAUGACUAGGUCUCCAAACAAUCUGUAACUCUGAGUCGCUGAAUAAAAAAAAAAUCUAAAGACAGAAAAAGUCUCCUAUCUCACUGAAUACACAUUAAGCUUUCUUUUUCUUCUUGUCGGCUUCAUACUGGUGGAGAGCAGUUGUCUGCAGGGCUUGGGUUGGUUUGCUCUUGCUGCAGGAUGUCAUUAAAAUGUUAUAAAAGAACAGCUAUUAUUUUGUGGGGUUUUUUAGAUAAGUUAUUAUUAAUAGUAUUCUUUGUAAAUGUAUGUAGGCCAAGGGGGGAAAAAAAGCUUUAUCACAUUAAUAUGUGGACAUGGAGCUGCUUCUGUGUGCCUGUGGUGUCCUGAUAAUGGCUUUCCUUUAUCAAUAGUUACUAAAUUGCACUACGAGGUAAACAAAUACUUGCCUGGCAGAAAUUUCCCUGAAAGCAAUUGCAUAGGUACCGUGAGCACAAGAUGUGAGUGGGAGAAGGGAGGGAAAUGCCCUGGUGGGUUGCUGCCCUGAACCCCUCUUUUCUAGGGUGCACUCCCUUCCACAGAGAGCCCUGGCGCUGCUCUGCUCUCUGCAUGUGCUGGGUGUGCGGGGCAGGUCCCUCACAGUCGGGACCGGGCUCACUGAUCGCUGACUGCUUGUGGGGUGACAGUGUUCCUGCAGGGAGCUUCAGGCUUGGGCUGCUCCUGCCUGGCCUCAGACACCACGGCAGCAAGCCUCUGCUCCCAGUGGCAGACUGUGGAAAUGGUCUGGUUUUCCGGGAAAGUCAUUUGUAUCUCUGUUAUAAAUAUCCUCUUUGCCUGCUUAGUAGAGUAAUGCAGGCAGCAAACUACACUUGUGAGAUUGUGGUGCCUUUUUGUUAAUGCUCUCUACCCACUAGAACAAAUGCUUAGGAAAUAGAUGAAGUUUGGGGUAUUUCCUCAGAAUUAACCAGGCCUGGCACUGCUGUCUCUGGUGGUCGGUACUCAAUUGUGUAAGGAGGCAUGUUGUAAAUAAAAAAAAAAAUAGCACUUAUUUAUUCCCAGGAAUUCUGUGUCCAGGUGCAGCCAGGCUAUCCUUAGUGUCAAUGCCAUGCAGGCUAUAAAAUACAAGGGAAAAUGGACUAGAGGUGCAGAGCAACUGUGACAGGCAGAGAGAAAGAAAUCAUAAUUUUAAAAAGAGAGAAAAGGGAGGGGUGUGUAAAAGAAAAGCACAAAUAACGAAUGAUAAAAAGGAAAGGAUGGCAAGAUGGUCUGGUUUUUAAAGAGGUACAAGCUUAGUUACACUGACAAUCACAGGAAAGAAAAUUGGUGAUUUGAUAGAGACCACGACUGACCCUGGAGACUUGUUGUACUUAUGAAGGCAUGAAACCACAAUUAACCAACUGAAGUUUGGAAGGGACCUAAACCCGUUCAUUCUUAAACAUGUGAACAGGUUGUACUUAGCAGAGUGGAAAGAAAGCCCUCCUAGGAACCGUAGCCUAAACCCACAACUUUAAAACCCCAGCGGUGGGAUGGCACUGGGGAAUGCUCGCGACGUCCCAUCGGCUUCGGUGCCACAGGGACCCUGCAGUCUCGGGCACUGCUUGCUGAUUGCCUGCCCCGGACGGAAGGCAGACAGGCAGGGAAGGCAGGAAGGCAAGGGAAAGGCGAGGCGAGGAGGGAGGGGAGGGGAGGGGAAGGGAGGGGAGAGGGCUUAAGGGCAAGUUGAGAAAAGACCAGGAAAAUCCAUGGAAACCCUUUUCUGGGAGGGAGGUGACAUCUGCAAAAUCUUACUAGUUUGAUGCAGACAUAUGAAGCCUGUGAAAGCUUUACAGUCUAAACAGUUGUGACAGAGAAAGAAGACUGAUAGCCUGUGAAAAACAGAUCAUUAGUAUGGGAUCUACCCAUGGCUGCCUGUGCAUCCAGCCUCCUGUGAGCCUGCGCUGUAGCUGCUGCAACUGCUUAAUAAAUUUAUCAAUACCUGGUUUUAAGUCAGUAGCUUGUCACAUCUGUUAGGCUGUCUCUCUAAUCAGGCAUAAACAAAACUGCUGGAGUUAUUUGGAAAACAUAUUUGCGUAUUGUGUGGAUUUCAGCCAAGUGUUCCUGCUGGUACAAUCCAGGUUUGUUCUAACAACAGUCAAAAGGGAAACAGCGAAAGCAGCAGCCGCUGCAAUGGGCAAUGCUGGUGCAAAUGUCAGAAAGUCACUCCCCAUCACUCUUCUUAUUUCCUAUCUGAUUUUCAUAUUCAUUAGCCAGUUGUAUGUGGUGUAUGUAACUCUGCAAUAAACAUGGAAUAUAAUA